AGCACUCGUAUUGCAGCGUACUACCGGUUCGUUGUUGUUUUUUCUUUUCGCGUCAACCAUAGAUCUCUGAAGGAGACAACAAGCCGAGACAGAACAAAAUCGUUCGCCCAAGUCACAUCAGACUCGAAUAUUGAUCAUACAAUUUAUUAUUCAGCCCGCGACAACAACAAAAAUGGUGGUGUCUCGCGAAGGAUUUAUGUUUUUCUUUGCGGUACUUCUGGGAACGGUUUGGAGUACCACGGGAACGACGGUGUUUGGAACCGAUGUGUUGGUCCCGCCGGCGACGUUCGGGACACGAACGUCUCCUUCUAGAUCGCGGUUCUCUUUGUCCACCGUUCGUUCGGAUAAGAGCUAUGGAAAACUUCUCCUGGGCAACCUUUCUUCCCGUGACACGGAUACCGCCGUGUUUUGUCUGCGAGGCGGAGAAAUCUCGCUCCCAGACGACGAGGAAGAGGGCAGCGGAAUCAUUGCCACCAAGCUGCGCAACAUGAUACGAAGCAUCCUGGAUAUUAGUGACAACAAGAUCCCAAUAUUCUCUGGCUUUUUAAGGACGUGUUUCAAGACUCUUGAAACCCUGACCGGGAUGAGCAUUCUGCCCGAACAGAAAUCGAAAAAGAAAAAGAAAGACAAAGCCAAGAGCAAGCCGGCCAAGAACGAGUCGAAGAAAAAGAAAAAGGCGAGCAGCGAGGACGGAGUCAAGACAAAGAAGCCGUCCAAGAAGAAGGGUGCCGCCUCGAAAAAAUCAUCGGCCGCCACCCAGAAACACUUGUCGACGUCUAUUAAGUCAUCGAAUCCAAACUACCGCAUCCAAAAGGAACUCAAGUCCUUCAUCAAGUCCCCACCUCCCAAUCUUUCGGUCCAGGUCGGGACCAACAUCCGAAUCUGGAUCGUGACGAUGAAAGGGGCAAAGGACACGAUCUACGAAGGGGAAGUUUUCAAGCUUCGGGUAGAGUUUCCGAAAGAUUACCCGACGGUUCCUCCGUCGGUCUACUUUCUGAAGAAGCACAUGCCCGUUCACGAGCACGUAUACACGAAUGGGGACAUUUGUUUGAGCUUGCUCGGAAACGGGUGGCGACCUACAAUGUCGGCGCAAUCGAUUGCUGUUUCGAUCUUGUCCAUUUUGUCUUCGGCGCAGUCCAAAUCCUUGCCCAUGGACAAUGCACAACAUGCCACUGCUAAACCGGGACAAUUCCAAAAAGACUGGGUCUACCACGAUGACAGAUGCUAGCUAAACGCAUGGUGUAAUAAUAAAAAAUACGUUAUUGAUUUGAAUCAGUGUUCUGUUUUCGCUUCCGGAGUAACUUCUAAGGGGGGCACAGUUGCGUUAUGGUUUUCUUUUCAUUCGAUCUGGAUACGUCGUGUAGUGCGUAUGCCUUCUUUUCGUUCCAAUUGGGUUCAAUAUGGUGCUGCGAUUGUUGUGGAUCUAUUUCCUGCUGUUUUCAUUAUGGUAGCAUGAGAAGGACAGAUAUACACACAAUUUUAUCGUUAUUGAUGAUUAAUGCGCCAAUCGUACUAAUCGUCUAAUGUUGUUUUUGUUUUCCGUAACGGAUAUUGAGGCGUUGCCCGUACACAUAUCCGUUUGCCGGCCAUGGUAUUCCUCUUCCUUCGUGUUCUCACCUAGUACCUCUUAGUUCUUGGUGGUUCGGCGUGGCUUGACUAUGAUUUGCCCUUCCUCAAUGGAAACACUCCCAAUGCCCUUGAUGACUUCCGCGAUGUAUUCCACGCCGUCGUCAUCGAAAUGCGUGUUGUACAAACCUUCCAAUAAGUUUUCGUGAUCGUCGACGGUGAGUUCCUGUCCGAAAAAUGUUCCUUUGUCCAAGAACAAUUCGAGCACGCCCUGGCCACCGUCCUCGUUCUUUGUGACCAAGUAUUGCAGCUGGGCAAAGAACAGAGGGCCGUCAAACCAAUCACUGGGGUUGGCAGCGAUUUCCGUUUUCAUCUCGAUAGUGUUCUCCUUCUUGUCUGUAGUUGCACCGUCUAGCGCAAGGUAUUCGUUGCCCUCGAAAUAACGACCACCGAAGCCAAACACAUCCAUGGGAAGGCUGUAUUCUUCGUAGUAGAGAUUCUUUUCGAGGGUAAUCAUCAUGUGGCCUUGGAGGUAUUCCGAGUUGCUGAUGAAUCCGUUGAUUUCAUCCUGGGUCACUACCAAGUCAUCGAGAUUACUUGUGGCGCCUUCGGCCACUUGGUCGGCGAAGAGAGUGAUGCGAUCUUUCACAAUGCGAAGUUCCAGCGGAGACAUAUCAACGAUCGGGAACUUCUUGGGGGAAUCUGUUUCGAUGGUAAGGUGUUGCACGACAUCUCUCAACCCAGCAUAAGCGAAUCCCAGAACCACGAGAGCAAACAGAACAAAGAUUCCAAUGGUGAUUACAAGACACGUACACCAACAAGGGAGGCGACAGCGCGAUGCUGACUUCUUGGCGUUGCCGUUGGCCGAGGUGGGUGAGGGAUUCGUUGAAAUAACACGACCCUUUACAA